AGUCUAUCGCGCGCGUUCAACCUGUAACGUACUUGCCACUGUCACGCGCCAACCACCUGGAAUGAUUCCAUCUGCAAUAUCAACUCCCAGCGAACCAGAAAUCACGGGAUGGUGCUGCUGAAGAGUCCCCCACCGGGUCGAAAGAGCCAAAACAAUCCCCGAAGAUCGCGCGGCAACAGCCCUAGCGACGAUGUCAAGUCCCGUGGCAACAGUCCGUCGAAACCCGGGGGCUCAUCAACCCGAAAAUCAACACUUCGUGCUUCCAGAAGCGAGAACGGAAGUAUAGAACGCUUGACCGAGGGGGACAAGAGGGUGAUAGCUUCCAAGCACCUCCUCCCAGAGGACAACAUUAACGUGGUGAUCCGGGUUAGACCUCUGAGUCAGAAAGAGAAGAAAGCGGGCGAUGAGUCGGCCGUUCACUUCCCUGGGGAUGGGCAGAUACAGUGCGAGGUCUUCGUCGGAAUUGACAGGAAGCCGAGACUGUUCUCCUAUAACGUUGUGUUCGAGCCUGCUGCCAGUCAGGAGGAUGUCCUCCAGUAUUCCGGGAUGAAGAAGCUCAUCGAAAUGGCUGUCGAGGGCUUCAGCUGCACUGUUUUCUGUUACGGACAGACGGGGAGUGGAAAGACUCACACAUUGACUGGCCCCCCUGGUUUGUUCUCAAACAUGAACCCUUACUCGGAAGAUCACGGACUCGUCUUCAGGUCCUUCGUUUACCUCUUCAAAAUGCUUCAAGAACGGAAAGAGUGUAAUUUCGUGCUGAGAGCGUCAUUCCUCGAGAUUUAUAACGAGAAAGUGAUUGAUCUCUUGAAUCCAGGGAGCUCUAGGAAGUCGCUGGCUGUUCGGUGGAGCAAGAAAAGUCGAGGGUUCUUCGUGGAGAAUCUGUUCACCGUUGAUUGCGAGGAGUUGGACGAUCUUUUGGCGGUUUUGGAAGAAGGUAUGAGGAAUCGAUCGGUUGGCUCUCACAACAUGAACGACCACUCGAGCCGCAGUCACACCAUCCUCACGGUUCACAUAACGUCGGAACAGCAGAUGGAGAAUGGGGUUUUCAUUUCUAAACAGGGGAAAAUCAAUUUCGUCGACCUCGCGGGCAGUGAAAUGACCAAGAAGACGCAGAGCGAGGGGAAAACCCUGGAGGAGGCCAACAACAUCAACAAGAGCCUGAUGGUGCUGGGGUAUUGCAUAUCUUCCUUGAGUGAUGGCAAGAGGAAGACUGGACACAUUCCUUAUCGAGACAGCAAACUAACGAAACUGCUGGCUGACAGUCUUGCUGGGAAUGGUGUUACGUUGAUGAUUGCCUGCAUCUCUCCAGCUCGCUCGAACGCCUCCGAGACCCUCAAUACCCUCAGAUACGCGGCGAGAGCCAAGAAAAUUCGCACAAAACCAAUCGUAGUGAUGGACCCACGCGAAGCCUUGAUUUUGAGCCUCAAGAGAGAAGUCGGGGCCCUGCAGACUGAGAACGAUCACCUCAGGGCUGCCCUGCACCUGGGGAACGAUCCCCUGACAGCCAUCGCCAGUGAAACCCUCGAGAGAAGGCCUCCCAUCCACUCCCCCCAGGUCGACAUCGACAGACUAGCCGAGAUGGAGUCCCCAGAGCUCAGCCAACUCGUUCGUGCCUACAUCACCGAGAAUGAAGCCCUCAGGAGGGAGAACGCCGAGCUCUACGCCACGAGGGAUCAGGUCGUCAGGGAUCAGGAGCUCGUCUGCAGGGAGAACGAGAGGCUGUUGAAAAAAUUGGAAGACGUCAACACGGUUUGUUGCAGAUCUCCGAUCAUUCCUGCGCGUCCCACUUAUUCCGCGGAGAUUCUCAACAGUUCGGGGAGGAAUGAGGAGCUCACGGCGGGGGCCACUAAUGUGUGGACUAAUCCGAAUGAGGAGUCGGAGUUUUCCAAAAAUGGCCUCGCAAGUAACAUUCUGUCGAACCUGGAGACUGGAAUGCCAGAGAAAGUCCUGAAAGAGCUAGACAAGAGGAUUGUCGGAAGUUUUAGCAACAUAGCAGAAGCCUAUAAAGACAAGAGCCACCACCGCAGGUACAACUCCUGGGACAAUGGGAAUGUCUUUACAGACAGUCCAGACCAGAAUUCCUCCCCAGUGGACGGUAACCAGAGUUACAAGCGAACUCCCCUAAGGAGGACGUCGACAGUUCCUGAAGAGAGUCAUCCGAGGUCCGCAGGUCUCCUGGGGCCCAGGGUGGCUCCAGUCCCCUAUUCCCUGGAUGGAACACCCGAUUCGGUCCUCUCGGGGCCUCUCCUCGAGGGCCAGAUCUCGGCUCCAACCACUGGGGACUCUAUAGCCCCCACCACUCCCUUCCCGUCGGUCUCUCAGCCGUCAUCACCACUGGAGAGGCACAGGAAACCCGGGAAAAGGGACGAGAAGAUCCACAGGGCCUUCGGCAGUCCUGUCAUGAUGAACAGGGGAGACGCAGCUUUCCAAUAGGCUUGAGGCUGGUGGGCUCCUCGCUAUGGCCUACGUUAGGCUAGAACUAGUCCAUUUUCAAUCAUGUCAGAAAUGUGUGAAUAAUGAUAAUUCCGUUUUUCCAAUAAAGUUAAUUAUUGAGUUUGUAUUAAA